CACUCUGUGAAUUCUAUUUUUUUCUUUUGUUUGGGUAAGCCAGGUUGGAGAGAAGCGAGAAAAAGGGAAGCCGGAGGAUCGAGAAAAUAGAAGACAAUAAGAGAAAAGGAAGAUCCCUUCUCUCCCAAUGUCUCCUCCACCUAAGGAAUGAAGGAUAAAGAGGAUUAGCAAAACCUCCUCUCUGUUUCUCUUCCUUCCAUCCCUUGCCUGACCGUCCAAACUGAGGAUUAUGACCCUCUCCUCCUCACUCCUAAACAAAUGAGAGAUUCUAGUUCUCUCCUCUCUACCCCUUGCCUUCUCUGCCAACCUCGUAUCAUCAAAGAUCGAGACGGCCAUGCACAAGAAAGAAAGUGAAGGGUUCACAAAUUCGAGGUGAUUGGAAAGGUGAUGAUGCUGCUGCUGUUUGUCGGAGAUGAAGUGGAAAGGGAGACGGUGAGGACGUGGGAAACCCCUAGAUUUUGCGCCGGAGAUUCUGCGAUUCUUGCUGGAGAAGGCGACGAAGAGAUGGAAUUGGUCCGGGCACGCGGUGGCUGCCUCAACUCAUGCCGCCGAAAGCAAAGACAAGUCGACGGUCAAGACGCGGAGUCACAUUGACCAAGUUCGUCGUCCUUUUUCUCAGCCACUCACGCGUAUAUUAGUCGGCCUCAUCUGGAGUCUCCCAGAGGACCGCAUGUGUUCUCUUUCCGACCAAUUUCCAACCAUCUUCCGUGCAUGACCGGUUUAAUUACUUAUGGCUUCCUCCUUUCUCGAUUCAUAUAUCCCUCCAUACUUCACCUCCUUUUUUGAGGAUCAUUGCAUUGAUAAAUUCUUACGCACUUGUCCCCCGUCCUGCCUUCCAUCUACUCUGCCUACUGUAGAGCCAGCCUAUUGAACUAUGGCUUCGAAACCCAAUCCUAAGCUCCCGGAAGAGCAGCAGCAAACAAUAUCGCCGCAGCCACCGAGCAGCAGUCGAUUCAGGGCACUGAUCACCCAAUUAUUCAAUCUGCUCCCUGCCGUUGGUUUCCUCUUCCUCACCGUCAAUGUGAUCGCCGCUGCUUACCACGCUCGCCAGGAUCCUGGAACCCUUGUGUUCGUGCUCUGGUCCUAUGUAAAUCUGUUGCUGCUAUUCUUGUGCCUCAAAAAAUUUGAGAGCCUUGAAGCGGACUCUCCGCCUGAGAAGAGGGAGAGACUUAAAGUGGCUAUCUGGGUGCUUGCCACCGCCCUCAACCUCACUUUCGCCUGGCGAGUGGCGGGGAUAAUGCCAUUAGCGCUGGCCGUAGUCAUCUGGGCAAUGGCUGCCCUUGUUGCUGUUGCUGGGUUCUACGGUCUCUUCAUUUACAAGGAUGGGAAUGGUAAUUGUAUUGAGAACAGCGACUUUGGCAAGGCUCGCCUCCGCGAGCUCUCCCCGGAAGAAAAAGUUUAGCCUGUCCCAAGGUAGACAUGCAAUCCACUAUAAUAUAUUUCAAAAUAAAAUAUUACUGAAAAAAUAAACUUAAUUCAACGAAUGUCUUCAUGAAUGUGCGAAGGAUCACUUUGAAAGUAGUAAUUCAUGUAUUUAAGUGGUUCAUAUAUUUGGGUUUUCUAUGUACAUUUAAGUGGUUCAUGUAUUUGGAUUUUCUAUGUGCCUAUAAGUGGUUCAUGUAUUUUGGAUUUUCUAUGUGUAUCUAGAAGUCCUAUAAAUAUUAUGUAAGUCUUGUGGUUUUGGCAAGGGGCAAGAGCCAAAGUGAAUAGAAAAAAUUUGAAGUAUUUCGCCUCUUCA